CGCGACUGCUUCUAUGAAGGCGACGUCGAGGGAUUCCCUGUGUCGCUCGUGGCACUCAGCACCUGCUCUGGCCUGAGCGGGAUCCUGCAGCUUGGGAACACCAGCUAUGGGAUCAGGUCUCUGGAGGCUGCAGCUGGGUUUCAGCAUCUCGUGUACCCAAUGUGGGAUGAAAACCUAGACACUCGGCUGUUCCUAGAAAACAGCUCCCUUGCCUGGACUGGGGAGGUGUCUCGGGAGCCGGAGGUUGCAAUGGCAAGUAAGCACGCUGUCCGUAGAUCCCCCCGGUAUCUGGAAAUGCACGUCGUUUUGGACAAGGCGCUGUAUGACUACAUGGGAGCAGACAAGGACGCUGUGACAGCCAGCAUAGUGCAGCUUUUCAGCUAUGUGAACAGCAUGUUUGCUCGCCUCAACCUGACAAUAGUCCUGUCUUCUCUGGAGUUUUGGACGGAAAAGAACAAAAUCCCGACCACAGGAGAUGCUGAGGAGUUGCUGCAGAGAUUUUUGCAGUGGAAAAACGUGCAUCGUGUGUUGCGGCUGCAGGACAUAACGUUCCUGUUUGUUUACAGGGAGCAGUCCCGUUACGUGGGGGCAUCUUCUGCGCGGAAGCUGUGUCUCAGAAACAACGCUGGAGGGGUUGCCUUGUAUGGCAGGGCUAUGAUGCUGGAGACGUUUGCUGUGGUGGUGGCCCGGCUCCUGGGGCUGAGCCUGGGGAUGGCGUACGAUGACCCUGGGACCUGUCCCUGCGCGGGAGCCGCCUGCAUCAUGCAGCCCCGCUGGGUACCCUCGGCUGGCGUGAAAGCCUUCAGCAACUGCAGCGUCAGAGCCUUUGAGCGUUUCCUCGCGCCGGUGUGCGGGAACAGGGUGGUGGAGCCUGGAGAGGACUGUGACUGCGGCUCACCGGAGGUCAGUCGGAUGCGCUGGGAGGGACCUGCCAAGGGGAUGCAGCUGCGGGAGUGUCGGCGCGACCUGUGCUGCACCGUCGGCUGCAGGUUUGUGAAAAGAGGCAAGUUAUGCCGAAGCAGCCCUGAGGAUGAGUGUGAUUUGAAGGAAUAUUGCAACGGCACCUCUGGGGAAUGCGCACCCGACCUCUGGGUCAUGGACGGUCAUCCCUGCAGCAGGAACACCGCCUUCUGCUACCGGGGGGUCUGCCAGACAGCCGACAAGCAGUGUCAGAAGGUCUUUGGCCAAGGUGCCAAGAACGGGCCCUUGGCCUGCUACGAAGAAAUUAACAGCCAAAGGGACAGAAUAGGACACUGCGGCUCCAGGCACCACGGUUACCGGCGAUGUGCGUGGAAGGAUCUCUGGUGCGGGAAGCUCGUGUGUGAAUAUCGGGGCUCCAAGCCCUUCACCAGGGAGAAGGCUGCGGUGGUUUACGCUCGGGUGCAGAACACGCUGUGUGUAACGUUAGACUACAUGAAGCCUCCCGCGGAGACGGACCCCAUGCUGGUGAACGACGGCACUGUCUGCGACGAGCACAAGGUCUGCCUGAACCAGCGCUGCGUGCCUGCCACCGACCUGGGCUACAAAUGCGACGUGGAGACCAAGUGCCACAAUCACGGAGUCUGCAAUAACCGGGGGAGCUGCCAUUGCCAUCCUGGCUGGAAACCACCGACCUGCCAGGAGAAAGCCGGGACGACAGACGAGGACAGCGAGAGCGGUGGCUUGCUGAGGCUGUGGCUGAUUCUGUCCUUCUGCGUCUUUGUGCUCGUCGCCGUCGGGCUCAUCCUCGUG